CGCUGGUGCAACAGCAGAGGCUCUGCCACAGGCCUAAGAGGUGGUGUGUGGGACAUGCAGGGGUGCAGGGGUGUAGGUGGUGCAAGGUGAAAGUUGUGCCAGGGGUGCACGGGCUGUGGAGGGUGCAGGCAGUUCAGGGGCGUAGGGAGUGCAGGGGUGCAGGGAGUGCAGAGGUUCAAGAGCGCAUGCAGUGCAGGGGCUGCAGGGUUUGCAGGGGUGUUGGGGUGCAGGGAGGUGCUCAGGCUCUUGGCCAGAGUCAGAAGGCUGGUGCACAUCCUCGCAGUCAGCCUGACCCCUGGAGGCGGAUGCGGUGCGUUUGGGGUGGCGGCGGCGGAAGGGGGCUGCCCAGGGAAGCCGCUUGUUUACUUCUCUUCCCCGCAGCCUGGCCUGGAGGAGGCCUUGGCCACAGGAGAUUUCCCGGAAGUCGGACUCCAGAGUCCUUGAGAGGCCCCUGUCAUCACUGUCAGUAUCAUCAUCAUCACCAUCAUCAUGAUGGAACGGAUUCCUCUGGAAGAUUCUAGUAAAAUAAAGAGAUGGGUGGGGAGACAUGUAGUGUAUCUCGCAGAACCCAGAGCCCAGAGCGGAUCGCUGGCCCUCCCGCGCAUGCCCACGGUUGGAUGCCAGCUGGACCGCGGGUCCGAAGCUCCAGCUUCGAGCCAGGGAUCAGCCCCAGUGGCUGCUCGGCUCUGUCGCCCAGUAGGCCUUUGGCUCCUGCCCCGGGUCGGGACCUCCGGCUGUGUAAGUGGAAGGUUGGGGGCUCUGGGGAAGGGGGUCCGCGUGUCACAGCCUGCGAGGGCUCGAGUCAGCGAGUAUCCAGUUGAGGGUCUCGCGCCAGCGCCCUCUGCCUGCGCCACCUGCCCUGGCGCCCAGGCCACACCUGUCCAGGGCCGGGCAUGCACCUCCCGUGGACAUGGCCUUCCCCGUCCAUACCGCGGCCCGCACCUGCCACCUCUCGCCCCAGGCGGGCUCCCCUCAGUCUGCGGCCGGCGCCCCCUUCCGCUCUCCCGCUGCGAGCCCCCUCCUCCCGGGCUCCCUCUCCUCGGCCGCAGACCCCGCCCCGCCCCUGGGACUGCUGCGUCCCGGGCUGGCGGGACCUGCGGAGCCGGGAGGGGGCGGGGACAGUGGCUUGGACUGGCCUCCGAGCGGGGCUGCAGCCCGCGCUCCCCGCCGCUUUCCCUGCCCCGCCACCCCUAGA